GGAAGUGUUAUUGUUGUUUCUGCAACGUUGAAUCAACGUGUUGUCACCUCGUGUGUGACAGAUUGGUCUGACUCCAGUAAGCUAGUUUGAUUCAUUUUACAGUCCCCGGUGUAUGACUUUUGAAAGCUUUUAAAGGUGCCAGAGGUCAGCCACAUAGCUUGACACCAGCUGUGACACAUAGCUACACUUACAACUCUCUGUUCAACACACAAAUCUACAGCAUGUCCUCGCAAGAGGAAGGGGCUGCUGAGCAGGGCCCCAACACAGAAGUACCAUCAAGCUCUUCCUCGUCCACUGACAAUGAAGCAACCACUGGUGACAUCAUCACCGUCACCAUUGGAGCCACUGUGCCCACAGGGUUUGAGCACACUGCUGCUGAAGAGGUUAAGGAGAAAAUUGGUGUUGAAACACGAAUCAGCAAAGACCGUGGACGCAUAUACUUUCCAAUAACCACUGAUAAGCUUUUCCAGGUCCACCUUUUGAGGUCUGUUGACAACCUGUUUGUUGUGGUUGAGGAAUAUGAUAAUUAUCAGUUCAAAGAAUCAAAGGAAGAGACUUUGAUGGAGCUGCAGGAGCUAGCCUCCAAACUCUCUUGGACUAAAGCCUUGGAAGUUUGGAAACUAAACCGCUCUCUAAAGAAGAAGAAAGGCCAUCGGAAAGGAGGAAAUAGCACCAAAUUAAAAGCCAAUAAUGUGACCGCUGAUGCACCUGUGCCUGAUGCUGAACACCAAGAGUUACCUCAAGAGCCUGCUGCUGAAGGCCAGACAAAUUCAGAGAACACACUUGACAUGGAGAGCACCCCGCAGGAGUCAGAGGAGGCUGCACCUGAGGCCAAAGUCCUCAAGUUUCGUGUGACGUGCAACAGAGCUGGUGACAAACACAGCUUUUCUUCUAAUGAGGCAGCCAGGGACUUUGGUGGGGCUGUGCAGGAAUUCUUCCUGUGGAAAGCAGACAUGACAAAGUUUGACAUAGAGGUGUUGCUAAACAUACACAAUGUUGAGGUGGUGAUUGGCAUCGCACUUACAGAAGAGAGUCUUCACAGGAGGAACAUCAGUCACUUUGGGCCUACUACUCUGCGCUCUACCUUGUGCUAUGGCAUGCUAAGGCUGUGUAAACCUGAGGCGUCAGAUAUAAUCCUGGAUCCAAUGUGUGGGACUGGAGCUAUACCGCUGGAGGGGGCCAUUGAAUUUGGCAAUUCAUUCUACAUUGCUGGAGACAACUAUGACAUGGCAGUGAACCGCACAGUCAAUAACAUAUGCCACAUCCAAAAACGGAGGGCAGAAAAGGGCAGUGUGUCUGGAUUGCCCAUUGACACAGUGCGUUGGGAUCUGUGCAACUUACCCAUGAGGACCAGCUCUGUUGACAUAAUCAUCACGGACAUGCCCUUUGGGAAAAGAAUGGGCUCCAGGAAGAAGAACUGGGACCUCUACCCCUCUUGUUUGAGAGAAAUGGCUCGCGUGUGCAGACCAGGCUCAGGGAAGGCUGUGUUGUUGACACAGGACAAGAAAUGUUUCUCUAAGGCUAUCUCGAGGAUGGGAGGGCUGUGGAGGAAGAUGCACACUGUUUGGGUCAACGUUGGAGGUUUACAUGCUGGAGUCUACCUCCUCAAGAGGACCGGGGCUGUGUAUGGUCAAACUCCAGAAGACAUCUAUGAAUCACGAAGAACGGUUAACACGCAGGGGGAUGAGAAGGAUGACAAGGAGCUCUCUUAACUUGCAUCCUGUAUUUGAGUGCAGAAUUUGUGUUUCAGGAAAUGUUUGAUUUGAAAUAUGUAUGUUCUUACUGAUUUGACAUUGGUUCAUUGGUCAAGCGUGCCAAGAUAUCAGAUUUUUGUAUUUCUUAUUUGGUUUAUUGUGAAAAAUUGAUAACUUGAGAGGGGAAGCCUACAGCAGCGGUUUAGUGGCCCUCACACACACUGACUGAAGAUAUCAUUUGUCAAUACGCUCCAGAAAGUUGUUCAAUGCAAGCGUUAAACCCACUAUGUUCACUCUACAGGAACCACAUGUUGCUUUCUGUUCUUGUCAAUAAAUAUUAAAACUUAA